AUGUUUUUGGAAUUUCUAUCACGCCGAUACUGGAAACAGUUCGCUGCCAUCGCGACCGUUCACAUCAUUACGGCAAGUUAUGGAGUGACGGUUGGAUGGCCUGCACCGAUCAUACCGUUGUUAAGAUCUCCGGAUACGCCACUCCCAGGUGGACCAGUUACUGUCGAGGAAGCGUCAUGGAUUGGGGCCACUCUGUGCAUCGGUGGUACGAUCGGCACGAUACUCUUCGCCCUCAUCCAUACGUAUUUUGGCAAGAAGGUGGCGUUGCUGCUCAUACCUGUGCCACACCUCAUCCUGUGGACUUUGAUUCUCAUCGGUGACAGCGUGUGGUACAUCUAUUGGGCACGCUUCUGCAGUGGCCUUACGGGCGGUGGUGUCAUCAGCGUCGUACCACUCUACAUUGCUGAUAUUGCGGAUAAACAGAUUCGCGGAACGCUUGGAUCACUGACGAUCAUUUUUAUCAACAUUGGGCUAGUGUUCAUCUACGCAGCAGGAAACUAUCUGCCCUACUACGUGAUACCGAAGAUAAUGCUGGUUGCUCCGGUUGGAUACAUUAUUCUGGUGAGCUUCCUGCCGGAAACGCCAUACUGUUUGCUCCGCAAGGGUCGUCUGCUAGAGGCGGAACAGUCCCUCAUGUUUUAUCGCAACAUACCAGACGAACGCCACCGCACGGUCGAGUUUACGACGGAGUUUGACGAAAUGAGGAGUUUCAUCCUAACGGAAAGCACACAGUCCCGAAUCUGCUGGGCCGACUUCACCACACCGGAAGCGAAGCGAGGCCUCUUCAUCGGUGUGUUCGUGAUGGCACUGAAUCAGUUCAGCGGAAUCUUCGCCAUCCUCACGUACGCCGGCACAAUCUUCCAGAUGUCCGGUACGGGGAUUGACCCGAACUUGGCGCUGGUACUCUUGGCUGUGCUUAACAUCUGCGGCAACGUCACAUCGUUUACCAUCAUCGAUCGUGUCGGGCGCAAGAUAUUGCUGCUCCUGUCCGCAUCGGGGGUCGGGUUGGCGCUGGCCGUGCUCGGUGCUCACUCGUACCUGCUCACCAACGGCCACAAUCUGCAGGGUGUCGAAUGGUUACCAGUGUUGGCACUGUCGUUAACACUCUUCCUAGCCGCGAUCGGUAUUACCAACGUUCCUUUCUUUAUCGUACCGGAGGUGAUGCCACCAAAGCUGCGUAGCAUCGGAAGCACUAUUAGCGCCACACUGCUGUGCAUGUUUGCAUUCGUCUGCGUAAAGCUAUACCCCAUCCUGAUGGAGACGAUCCACAUCCAUGGUACGGUAUGGAUAUCGUCCGCCGUUUGUGCGGUCAGUGUGUUCGUCAUCAUCUUCCUAAUACCGGAAACGAAGGGGAAAAACUUAAACAUACAAAGCGAAACCAAAAGAUGA